UAAAGAAGAGAAGUAUUGUGUUGAAUUCCAUUUUUCAAAACUCGUAACAAAAAUAUUUUUCUUUUUAAGUUAUCUAGAAUGGUAAGCGAAGAAUCGCAAACCCUUAUUAAACAACCGGAUGAUGUUGAUAUUACCAGUGACUGGAAUUAUUUUUUAACUCAUCAUGAUAGUGAAAUACACAAAAUACCGCACUAUUUUGAUUUAAAACAGUGGACUCCUAAUAACGUUUAUCGAGCAAGGGUCAGUCAUGUCUUUAGCCCUUCACAUUUUUGGAUUGUGACACUUGAACGGGAACUUGAUUGUUUUCAUAUGUACCUUCACAAUUUUUACACAAAAAAUAAAGACCAUUAUAGAGUACCUAUUUCCCACAUCAAAAAAGGGAUGUAUUCUGUAGCAUAUACUGAGGGUUCAUACUACCGAGGUAGAAUUACUAAUGUACCUCAUCAGAUGUGCAACAAAACAUGGGCAUUUGUUUACCUACUAGAUUUUGGAUAUAUGGCCAAAGUUGGGCUGGAUGACAUUUAUUUCUUUACCAAAAAAUUGUACAGAGUUCCGCAAUUUGCUAUACGUGCGACGUUAGCUGGCAUAGGUCCAUUAAAUUUAAUUAACUGGUCCCCCGAAGUUGUUGCCCAUUUUUGCCAGUUGGCAAAUGCAAGAAAAAUAUUAAUGGUUCAAAUCAGACAAAUAGAUUCCAUUAACAAAACUCUUAUUGUCAGACUUGCAGAAUACAAUUAUGACACACUUCAGGUGGAGGAUGUUAUUAAUCAACUAGUAGUGGAUAAUAUGGCAAAGCAGCUUACAAUGAUUGAUUUAAAGGAAUUAAAACACUUGGCAAAAAGAAGGAGAGCUAUGGGUAGCAGGACUAAAAUAAAAUUUAGGUUUUUAUGUCCAUCCUUUGAUGAUAUUGAAUAUGCCAAAUUUCCUGAUGCUUUAGUGGCUAUUGAUUAUUUAAGAAAGAUGCAAGAUGAUUCUUUAUUUAGAGAUUUAACUCUCAAGAACUAAAGUAUUAUAA